CGGAAUCAGGGUUUUCUGUUUUGGGGAGUUUCACAGCAGUGCAGUCUAGAGAGAGAGAGAGAGAGAGAGAGAGAGAUGGCGAAGGAGUUGUGCACUCUUGAAAAUGGCACAACUUGCUCAUCCUGGAACUACUCUGGUAUGAGACUCGCUGCUGGUUCCGCUGAUGGCACGCUUUCAGUCUUCGAUUUCCGCGACCCACCUUCUUCUUCCUCCAUCCACUCUACUUUCAAAUUUAGGGUUCAUGAAGGAAACAUCGUGAAGAUUAUUUGGGUUCCGCCAGAAUAUGGGGAUGCAGUUGCAUGUAUUUCUGCCGAUGGAAUUUUAUCAUUGUGGGAGGAGGUUGCGGAAGAUUCACAGCCUCUUCAGUGGAAGAUUUGCAAAAGCUUUGGAAGCAGUUCAAGCAAAGUCCUUGAUGUUCAAUUUGGAAUAUCUUUGACUAGUUUGAAAAUGGUUGCUGCAUAUUCAGAUGGCCAUCUGAGAGUUUACGAGCUCUUGGAUCGCUUGGAAUUGAGAAACUGGCAGCUUCAGGCUGAAUUCCAGAAUGUUAUUGAAUCAGUGUCUGCAUUUGGAAAGGCUUUGUGCCUCACUGCAUCCAUAUCUUGGAAUCCACAAAAAGGUGGAAGCCAAGAAUCCAGCUUCCUUAUAGGUUUUAAUUCAAAUACAGCAGAGCUUAAUUCUUGUAAGGUAUGGGAAUUUGAUCAGGCUCAUCAAAGAUGGAUUCCGGUGGCAGAAUUGGCACUACCUGAGGACAAGGGUGAUCAGGUUUAUGCUGUUGCAUGGGCACCAAAUAUUGGCAGACCGUAUGAGAUCAUUGCGGUUGCAACUCACAAGGGACUUGGAAUAUGGCACCUUGGAUUGAACCCUGAUUAUAACAGGAGACUCCCAGUGGAGAGAGUUGCUCUACUGUCGGGUCAUGAAGGCAUGGUGUGGCAAAUGGAGUGGGAUAUGAGUGGAAUGACGUUGGCUACUACAGGUCAUGAUGGAAUGGUCCGACUAUGGCAGUCUAAUCUGAAUGGUGUUUGGCAUCAGCAGGCUGCGCUUGAACCCACUUGUUAGCCACUUGUCUCGUGUUAUACCCAGCCGUUCUUCGCGGAAAAAGAAUCUCUUAAAUAUAGGCUUUGGAGAGAAGGUUAAAAAAUCUGUCUGCUUUUUAGUGAUAUUUGAUAUCUAAAUCUAAUUCAAGUUGUUGCAAAUAGUAAGCUGGUUUUCUCCUCCCUUUUUCCCGGUAUUAAUUAUGGAAUAGGAUGACUUGUAUUCUGUUGUAAUUUAGGUGGACAAGAUCAUCGUGUUACAUGUAAGCUAUGAUGCAGAUGGCUUUCCUUUGCUUUAAUUGAAGUAUCCUGUCGUUGCCCGUUUGUACAAACCACACUUUCGCUUCCUA